AUGUCCACCAAGUUCCCCGCUCCCUCACAUCCAUCCUCUAACAGUAUGACCCUAGUCUCAGACGACCCUAGUUAUUGGCCACUCAUCAACGCUUGGCGUAUUUCCAGCUAUUUUGUAGUUGCCGUUGGUGUUGGAGUGGUAUAUGAUUGGGCCCUUACGUUCGGACAAGAGGUCGAACUGGUCUGGGUGAGCACGGUUCCACGUCAGAAGAACAAUAUUGAUUUGCGACAGAGACAACGUUGGUCCCUGAUGACCGUUCUCUAUCUGAGUGUGCGCUAUCUUGGCUUUUUUUAUAUUGUCAUAAACAUACUGGUGUUUGUUUUUUCUCACCAGUGGCAUACAGGCAGUGUUCCGACUAUUUUGUUGACAGAUGCAGGAUGCCGGAUAGUGUACCUCAUAUAUGGUUGGACGGAUGUUGUGGUAUUUCCAAUGCUGUGUGUCAUCUUGAUCACUCGGUUACAUGCCAUGUAUCAACGAUCCACAAGGAUCCUGAUAUUUCUCGUCGUCGUGUCCUUGCCUAUCAACAUUUUCGACGUAGUGGCCAAUGCAAUAGUAACAAGGCAUGAUUCAGGGGGUACACUUAAUUACAAUUUCUCACUUGUGAAUUCCAUUUCUUGGAUACUCAGCGCUGUCUGGGAGGUCCUCGCGAUGUGUCUCGCAGUCUGGAUUGCUGUAAAGCACUUUCGUGAACUGCGACAACAUUCAGCAGGAGGGAUAAUUGGCGACUGUUUCACGGAGUUGAUAAAAUCUCACGUGUUUUACUUUGCGAGCUUUGCUGCCGUGUCUUGCUUCGGCCUCGUAAUUAAUUUGUCUCCGACGAUCUUAGCGAACCCAUUUUCCCUCGAAACUCAGAUUGUUAUUGGUGUUGCCCAGAUUUUGCAAGUCAUACAGUGCUAUGUGCUAGGACCGCGCCUCAUCCUAAGCCUUCGAGAAUAUCACGCUCGGCUCGUGGCUGACUCUGAUGCAGCAACCGGCAUGACCUCAAUCGCUUUCCUGGAGCGCGUGCAAAUAUCGACAGGCAGUGGCGUGUAGCACGGGAGAUGCUCGAUGAAGUUAGCGGUAAUCUGGUGCUAUGCAGGGAGCAGGAGAAUUUGACUUUUUAUUCUGGAUUUUCAAGUGUCGUCGUGGUACUUAUUUAUUUCGUGGUGCAAAGUGAAUUUCAAGGAAAGAUGGGCCUUGGCACAUAUUUCGUGUAAUAUGUAUUCAAUUUAUUUGUUCCGAAGAAUGUUUGAAAGAGACAGGACAAGGUGUUGAGUCAGACCUAG